AUUCAUAGUGUGAAGAACUAUAGAAUAUACCCGCAGUUCCAUGAGUUUAUUUUUGAUACUUUUAAGUUUUAACUUUAUUGUUUUUUAAAAUUAUCUUUGCUUAGUUGGCAGUUGGUCUCCGCGUUUUAUCAGAGGCUGAGAAGUCCCUUAAUCUUCAAAAUGGCCUACAUAGUAGACUUAAGAUCGGAUUGCGUAACGAAACCAACUAAAUCAAUGAAGCAUGCUAUGAUAAAUUCAGCAUUGGGAGAUGAUGUGUUUGGAGAAGAUCAAACUGUAAACAUGUUGGAGAGCAAAGUAGCAACUCUUUUAGGAAAACAGGCUGCAUUGUAUGUGCCCAGUGGGACUAUGUCUAACUUACUUGCUGUAAUGGUGCACUGUAAAAAGCGAGGCUCAGAGGCUAUUGUAGGAAAUCUCUCUCACAUUUACAAAUAUGAACAAGGAGGUGCAGCCCACCUAGCUGGUGUUUUGCUCAGUACAAUACAAAACAAACCAGAUGGUACCUUUGACCUAUAUGAGCUUGAAAAGAAAUUUCGAGGUGAUGACAUUCACGAACCAAUCACAUCAUUGGUUGCGAUUGAAAACACACAUAAUAGUUGUGGUGGAAAGGUGCUUCCCUUAGAAUGGGUCGACGAGUUAUCAGAAAUAUGCAAGAAGCAUUCCAUCCCGUUGCACAUGGAUGGAGCGAGAAUGAUGAAUGCCAGUAUAGCAUUGAAGGAACCACCUUCGAGGCUGGUUCAGGGGUGUGACAGCAUCUCCAUCUGCUUUAGCAAAGGUCUUUCUGCUCCGGUUGGGUCAUGCCUAGUCGGUUCAUAUCAUUUUAUUGAACAAGCUCGCCGCCUCCGCAAAAUGCUAGGGGGAGGAAUGCGGCAAGCGGGGGUUAUAGCCGCAGCGGCAGUGGUCGCUUUGGACGAAGUCACGCCUCUCUUGGAGUUCGACCACAAGCGAGCGCAGAUAUUGGCUAAGACUAUUCACGGCCUGCAGCUGAAUAAUUUCUCAGUGGAUGUGUCAGGAGUCCAUACUAACAUUGUCAUGGUGAAUAUAUCUAAAGAUAUCCCGCUUCAGGCUGAACAACUGGUGCAGAGACUGCAGCAGGUCUCCUUGGAUGAGACGCAGGGCGACUGCAAAACUUCGAACGAUGAAGGCGUUAUUGUCAAAGCUGUGAGUUUUUCCGAUAAGAUAAUGCGGUUAUGUUUGCAUGCGGACAUAACCGAUGAAGAAUUGUGGAUGGCCAUCAUGAAGAUUACUUUUGUCUUUAAACAGUUGGACGCACAUUACAGCACUAAGUAGGUUUAUGAGGUACCAGUUAAGUCAACUAGUUCACGGACAAUAAUGGCUCAAUAUUAAUUUGCUUAUGUAUGUCAAACUACUAUUUUAUAUAUAUCCUUAGAAAUUUGUUUACAAAUCGCAAAGUAAUCAUUAACCAAUAAAAAUCUACUGUGACGAGUUGCAAUUGCCUUAAUUUCAAUAUUUUGACGCAUUGGUUUAAUUGUAAGCAUUAACAUAACUCGAAUAUUUUAUCGACAUAUAAUUAUAAUCCUAACCUGAAACAUGGGUAUUGGCGGAAUAAGAAUGUAAAUGAUCUAUGUAAAAAGCAUUUACUUAAGCAUUUGUAGUAAAUAGAAAGGACUGACAGAACCUUAAUCAGUUGAUACACAAUACUUUGUGAUUGUUUCUUGACUUUAGCAUUUAUCAGUCCUUAUAAACAAUUAUAAUAAUUCCAUGACUACAAUUACAUUUAGAAUUUAUAUAUAAAUUGUUAAAUAAUUUUGUGGAUUAUAUUUAGUCUAUUAUUGUGA